AAAUAAAUAUCCCAAAAUUAGUGGCGGCGAGAGGGAAACCCAAAUUCACAAAGCUACGAGCGAGAGAGAAGAAUGUCGAAGACGCUGGUGCAACCGGUAGGGCAAAAGAGGUUGACGAAUGUUGCAGUGGUUCGUCUCAAAAAGCAAGGCAAUCGCUUCGAGAUCGCUUGUUACAAGAAUAAGGUCCUUUCAUGGCGGUCUGGCGUGGAGAAGGAUAUAGAUGAAGUGCUUCAGUCACAUACUGUUUAUUCAAAUGUUUCGAAAGGAGUUCUUGCCAAAUCUAAAGACUUGAUGAAGGCGUUUGGAUCAGAUGAUCAUACGAAAAUAUGCAUCGAUAUUUUGGAGAAAGGAGAGCUUCAAGUUGCUGGAAAAGAGAGAGAAUCACAGUUCUCAAGUCAGUUUCGGGAUAUUGCAACGAUUGUUAUGCAGAAAACCAUCAACCCUGAAACCCAACGCCCUUAUACCAUCGGCAUGGUGGAGCGCCUAAUGCAUGAAAUUCAUUUCGCGGUGGAUCCUCAUAGCAAUUCCAAGAAGCAGGCACUUGAUGUCAUCCGUGAGCUGCAAAAGCAGUUCCCUAUAAAGCGUUCUCCGAUGAGACUGCGCCUCACUGUUCCUGUUCAAAACUUCCCCUUGCUACUGGAGAAGCUAAAAGAAUGGGACGCUAGUGUUGUCUCCAAAGACGAAUCUGGAACACAGAUGUCCACUGUUUGCGAGAUGGAACCAGGCCUAUUCCGAGAGUGUGAUUCUCAUGUGAGAAAUAUGCAGGGGAGACUAGAAAUUCUCGCUGUAUCAGUUCAUGCAGAAGGUGACACAAACAUGGAUCAUUACGAUGAGCAUGAUGAUAUGGCAUUGCAGACCCACAAGCCGUUGUUACCUGCUGAUACUGAAACUAAGGAUUUGACCGAUCCCGUCAUCGAACUUAGCAAGAAAUUACAGAAGCAAGAGAUAAGUACUACCGAUAACAUAAAGCAAGAAGGUGGAGAAGAAAAGAAGGGGACCAAGUGCAGCACUUGCAACACGUUUGUUGGGGAGGCUAAGGAAUAUAGAGAACACUGUAAGAGUGAUUGGCACAAACACAACCUUAAGCGUAAGACUCGUAAACUCCCUCCUCUUAGUGCUGAAGAAUGCAUGUCUGAGAUUGACAUGGACGACUCUAGAGCAGAUUUGAAAGACUACUCUUUCUGAGAUUACACAGAACUUUUGUUCAAUGUUGAAACUCGUAGUCAUAUGUGAGUAUGAAUACACCAAAGUUGUGGAAUGACAUUUUACAAAAACUUUAAGAGUAAAAUCUUGUGUUUAAG